AUGAUCGAAUUAGUUAACUAUAGCUCUCAACCCUGUCAAAGUACUUGUAACUGCGGUGACAAGUGUCAGUGCAGAGAAAAGGAACAUCAUAACUGUGGUUGUGCUACUGGUAAAUGUACCUGUGGGACUAAACAGUGA